AUGUCCAGAGCUAAUGGACGUCUGUUGUCGAGUCAUUCACUACAUCAUUCAUCAGUGAGGGGUUUGACAGAUUGUGUACAACUUUGUUUGCGUAGCUUUGAAGAGUGUUCCUCUAUAGCUUACGAUAAAGACAGCCGAAUGUGCGAAGUGUUCGCCAGUGUAGUUGGAUAUCCACAAGUCACACUAGUAUUCACAACCCGUGUACUUUUGUACAUGAAGGCAGUCCGUGAUUGUACGGACGUAACUGAGAAACGGCCGAGUUGCGAAAGUGGUGUUUAUCAAAUACAACCCUGCACAUUGUGUGACGCGUUUCUCGUUUAUUGUGAAAUCGACACUGAUUGUGAAGCGUGGACGGUAUUUCAGCGUCGACAAGAUGGCUCUGUAGAUUUCUACCAAUCUUGGCAAAAUUAUAUAUCUGGAUUUGGUGAUUUGAGUGGCGAGUUUUGGCUCGGAAACGAGAAAAUCCACAAAAUUACGUCGUCAGGAAAGUAUGAAUUUCGGAUAGAUAUGGUAGAUAGCGAUGGCAGUGCUUUUCACGUCACCUACGAGUCAAUUGAGAUUGGAAGUGAAGCAGAAAACUUCAGAGUGGAUUUCGGAAAUUACAUCGGCGUUAAGUCAACUGCCGCUGAAGGGUUUAGUUACACCAAUGACGCCGCGAACUAUUACAACAAUGGCAUGAUGUUCUCUACAUUUGACCGAGACAACGAUAAUUUACUAGGCAGCCUACUACCCUGCAGUAUGCAGUAUAAGUGCGGUUGGUGGUUCAACGGAUGUUACCGUUCUAAUCUUAAUGGUAAAUAUGAAUCGGGAAUGAUCUGGGACGUUACCGGCAGCAAGCGUGUUUUACGAUUCUCGGAAAUGAAAAUACGAAGAAUUGUCUGA